AUGAGUCAACCACAACAACAACAAUCACAAACACAAACAGGACCUGUUGAUAUUAGUAAAUUGACAGCUGAGGAAAGAACCAAAUAUUCAUUGCUUAGAGCACCUGACUACCAAGGUACAGAGUCUAGUGUAUUAAAUACAUCACGUAAAGCUUGUUGGUUGUCUAGAGACCAAUACUUUGAAUGCUUGGACAAGAAUAAUGAAAAUAAGGACAAGUGUAAAGAAGAGUUUGAAAAGUUUAAUAAUUCUUGUUUAGAUAGUUGGAAAAGAUUCAUUGAUAAUCAAAAGAAUAAGUUAAUGGCUGGAUCAACAUCAUCUAAUUUAUAA